AUGGAGGCUACGGGGUCUGCCCAGCCGGGGUGGCGCUGCCCCGAUGCUCUGGGGAAGCUCCUGCCUUGCUUCUGCUUUCUCUGCUCCCUGGUGACUUAUGCGCUGGUGGGGGCCGCCCUUUUCUCGGCCAUUGAGGGUGGCCACAACCUGGAGGUAGAGGACCAGGAGUUUGAGGAGUUCUUGAAGGCACUCUGCAACAUCUUGCAAUGCAACAGGACAGUUGAGGAAAGCAGGCGACGGGCCCUCCGGGUGCUGCUGCAGAAGGUGAAACCGCAGUGGCUGCCCCGCUUCUCCGACUGGUCCUUCCUGAGCUCGCUCUUCUUCUGCUGCACGGUCUUCACCACGGUGGGUUACGGCCACACCUACCCUGUCACCAGACUGGGCAAGUACCUGUGCAUGCUCUACGCACUCUUGGGCAUCCCCCUCAUGUUCCUGGUCCUCACCAACAUAGGCGACAUCCUGGCCGCCAUCUUUUCCACAUCCUACAACCACUUCCGGAAGUUCCUUUCCCGAAGGCCUGAGCACCCCGGGGGGUGUGCCCCACUGCCCUGCAGGAGAAGGCCUGUGGAGGCCAGGCCUGCGGCUGAAGACACUCCGCCGGGGGUCGUGCUCUGUGCUGAAGAGCUCCGGGACCACAAGCCGAGCCCGAGUCCCUCAGCCCAGAAGGCCAACUCUGAGCUGUUCAAGCAUCUUCUUAGCCGAGACAAACAGCACACACUGCAGCUGCCCCCACCAGGCCUGGAGCGAAGCAGCUCGUGUCCCGAGCUGGUGACCGGCAGGCUCUCGGGCUCCAUCGUUAGCAACCUGGACGAGGUAGGGCGGCAGGUGGAGCGGCUGGAUGUGCCCCUGCCAGUCAUUGUGCUGGUGGUGACGGCCUACAUCUCCUGCGCGGCUGCUGUGCUGCCCAUGUGGGAGAAGCAACUGGACUUCGAGAAUGCCUUCUACUUCUGCUUCAUCACGCUGACCACCAUCGGCUUUGGGGACACGGUCUUGGACCACCCCAAUGUCUUCAUGUUCUUCUCCAUUUACAUCAUCAUUGGCAUGGAGAUCGUGUACAUCGCGUUCAAGUUGAUGCAAAAUAGGCUGAUUUAUGUCUACAAGAAACUGCUGCUCUUCUUCGCUGGAGGGAAGGUUUAUAUCCCCGUGAGAAAGUGA